AGUUGGAGAGGUUGAUGCUCAUAACAGUUGCCCAGAAAACGGAGAAAAAUAUCUUCAUAUUAGGGUUGGAAACGUGACAGUUCUUUUAUACGAUACAAUUUUGAUAUAUACACAUUUUGAAUAGACGUUUUACCGCUAAGUAUGCUAUUUUAGUAGUAAUAUGUUGCAUUCAUCAUGGCUGGUAAAGAACUUGACUAUUUUUAAACGUUUUUUAAAAGUAUUUAGUUGUAUUCACUUUGUAAAGAUUCACUAGUCUAAAGAGUAGUAAUGGUAAAUAUAGGUCUGAUUAAAAACUAACGAAAUGUGCUUCAAUGUAUUACUUGUCAUUGUGAUAAAGAUUAUGUUUUUCUACAGAUGAUUAAAGAUUAGUGCUUUCACGUUGUACCUCAAAAAUGGCAAGUACCAACAGUCCACAGAAAGACUGGUACUCAAUAUUAGGUGCUAGUCCAUCCACUGACAUACAAGAGCUGAAACAGAAGUAUCAGAAACUGAUCCUCAUGUUUCAUCCAGACAAGCAGAGGCCUAGCGUAUCAGAAGGGGAGGCAGAGAAGCACCUGCAGAGAUUCAUUGAUGUUGACCAGGCUUGGAAGAUCUUGAGUAAUAAAGAAAGCCGGAAUGAGUACAACCUACAUUUACGAGCGUGUGAAUUGAAACAGAUCUGGCCAGUGGAUGCUCAUAUAACACUGAAAGACAUGAACUGGGACAGUGAUGCUGAGUGUUAUACAUACAGCUGUCGCUGUGGUGGAGAAUUCAUCUUGGACAAGGUGGACACACAGGAAGUGGAAACAGUGGUGUGCUGUGAUUCUUGUUCGCUCAGCGUUGAAGUUCAAAAGGUUACAUGACACUUCUGGAUACUUCCUUCAAGGUUCUUGUUGGGCUAUAAUUGAACUCUUGCAUAUUCUAAAAUGGAAGAUUUUCUAUGGACAAAACGCAUAGUAGAUUUCUAAAUGAAGAAACCAUCCUCAACCUCUAUCUAUUUGCAUUUCAUAACUGAAUAAGAGCCUGGCAUCUAUGAGCAGUUAUGACGUUAUGCGUUAUGAAGUGGUUCUCUUUGAAAGAUUAUCCUGGAAUAUUAUCCUAAUUUGUCAUUACAAGGAUUCAAACUUUACAGGAUGUCAAAGACAUCAAAUAUUAAAUAUAUACAAAGUGGAUAGUUCGGUUCCUGGUUGCUGAUUGGUCUGUACAGGAUUCCAGCCUUGCUAUACGCUCUAUAGUAACAGCUAUGGUGCGAAAUACAUGUUCACCUAGCUACUAUGCAUGUCGUUACUAUGCAGCACCCAUAGAGAAUGCAUUGUUUUAUUGCCUACAUGUUAUGGACUAUAUCUUCUAGUGGAAGGAUUUUGCUUAGUAAAGUAACUUUUUAUUGAAUAUUUGUGCCUUUUAAUAAUUUAUAACAAGUUAAGCUCAGUCAACAGCAUUUGUGGCAUUAUGUUGAUUACCACAAAUCAUAUCUUUAUGACUGCACAGCAUGUUUAUUAAAUACCCUGAUGAAGGCUUUCGCUUGGCCAUUAUAUA